AUUUAACCUCACAAAAUGACCUUCAACGGUCAAGGUCUGAGUGAGAGUGAUUUGGGGAAAGAUGCUAACGUUUUAUUAAUGGAGCUAAACAAAGGUCUUCAGUCGACAAAUAUUGGUAUUCAAUGCAAGACGAUCGCACAAUUUCCUUCUGUUCUUGAGAAAUACCCUUUCCCUGUUGUCAUUAACUCAAUACUUUUAAAAAUCACGCAAAUAUUCUGCAAUGGGAAUAAUUAUCUCCGUCUCUGUAUUUUGCGUGCAUGCACUGAAUGUAGAACUCACUUCAAAAAACUCACAGUUUGUGAAGAUAUCAUCCGUAAAUUACUGCCUUUUACAGAAAGUAAUGACCCAACUGUUCGAGCUUUAACUUUACGGCUCUUUGGAAUCUUACAUGAGAUUACCCGCGAUCAUCUUGGUGUUCAUCAUGCGAUUCUGAAACAGAUAGAGUCUCAUUAUGAAGUUGAAUCGGAUGCUGCCAUCUGGGCAUGUCACACGAUCGCACCUAUAUCCAGUGUAUUCGCUGCAAGCCUUUGUCCUAUAUUAUGUAAAAUACUUAAUAACUUGUCGAUAGAUUUGGGUACAAAGCUGAAGUUGAUAUACCUAGGAAAACAUAUGCACCAUGACUCUAUUGUUGCAAAGGAGAUACGUCAAUGCUUGACAGCAAUGCUUGAAACUUACAACACUACAGAUUUUGUCACUGGAAUUUUAGAUACACUAACAGUUUUAGAAAUCCAUGCUCCUUUACAUGUAAAUGUUCAGAUUGACCUUCUUAUCAAACGUCUAUCUAUAGAAAAAAGACCUCCACUUCGUCAAAGUGUCCUUUGGAAUCUUUUAAGCUUAGCUGAAAAUGUGUCACAUCAUUUUGAGAAAUCCCAUAUCCUUGAGUUGAGUUCCCUUUACCAUGGUGAAGACUGUAGCAAAAUGGAUAAGACAUUAAUUUUAAAAAUUUUCUAUUGCCUUACUACAUCAUUCCAUUCUGUUGAGUUUCUCACAUUACCGUCUGGAGAAGAAUCGAAUUCUGUCGCAUAUUAUACUCCUGUUGAUUGUAUCAAAAGUGCACUAAAAGACACGUCAUCUUAUCUUCUGAUUCAUGCAAUUCAACUAGCUUGUAAGCUUACUGUAUUAAAAGGUGAAAGUGAUCAAUUGCAGAAUACUGAAGAUGAAAAUUAUGAAAUCUCUAUAGAUAAUGAUAAUAUUAUAUUUCAAUUUAAACCGGGACAAUUAAUUCAACUGCUCUUACAUCCAUAUACUCCUGUUAACGAAGAGGGAGAAGCAGCAGUAAACAAACCAAAAAUACUCUGGUAUCUUUAUGACAGUCGGAUUUCUGUUGAUGAUUUAAAGUGUACUUAUAAUCUACUUGUGGAAUUCUUUAGUACUUUUCCAUCUUAUGCCUCACAAUUGCAUAAAAUGAACUUCCUUGACGCGAUAAAACUUGAUUUUUCGUUAUUAUCCUUAAAUAAUAAACUUAAUCUAAAUGAAGUUGAUGAUAAUCAGAUAGAUAUUCCAGUGGAGAAUCAAAAUGGUAUUUUAGCCACAACGGAAUGUUAUGAUCGUCUUUGUUGGCAAGGCCAAUUACAACUUGCACUACAAAUCACAGACAAUUGUAUACGUAUACAAGUAAUCAAAGCUCGUUAUCUUCAAGUGCCUGUAGACGAAGGUUAUACAAUGUUUGUAGAAAUUCGAAUAGCACCAAAGUACUCGCCUAACAUCAGUACUUAUCAACUUCGAACUAAAUCUGUCCCCGAUUGUACUGCACCAGUCUUUAACGAAAACUUUUCAUUUGAAAUUUCUCACGUAGCUCAUAAUGACCGAUUAUAUAUUGAAUUAUACUUAAAUCAGUCCAAAUUUGGUUAUGAAAAUGCAAUUUUCCUUGGAGGUAUGUCAUUUGACAUUGAAAGAUUACGACAAAAAUCCAUUGAAUCUUUGAAAAUGUUAACAGACUCACAAGACAACAACUCUAUGAACAUGUUUAAAACAUUACCAGAUUUGAAUUUACAAGAAAACAAUUCAAAAUGUGACAUAUCUGAAUAUUAUUCAACUAGUUUACCUUCAUUCGAAAUCAAUAGUCAAGAUUUUCCUAAACCACAAUGGUAUUAUUUACUUGGACAAAAUUCUUGUUAUUGUCGUCAUAUGUCAGUUGGUACAAUACCACGCUUAUCAAAGUUGGAAACACAUGAGCAACUUUCAUCGAUCGGAUCUUUUAAAUCGAAAUCGUAUUCGAUUCCAUCUACAUUAACUACAUCCAUGAAUGAUACGGAAAGUUUUUCUACAUUGUCUUCUGUGAAUUUGGACGACAAUCGAAGUUUACCUCCAUUGCCAGGUUUUAUCAAGAAGCAGAUCACAAUUCCCAAAUCAGAAUCAGGUUAUGGUUUCACUUUAACAUCUCAAAUGAUUCGAUUUGAUUUUCACCAAUUUGCUAGUACACCAAUUACUUCAUCAAACAGUGAGGAGAAAUGUAACAAUCUACGUACUCAUAAAUGUUUUCUUAUUCAUUCAGUACAAAAAAAUUCACCAGCUGAUCAAGUUGGACUACCUGUUGGUGCUUAUAUUUUAAGUAUUGGAAAUAUCCCAUUAAAUUGUUCAUUAACUCUUAAACAAGUUGUCAAGUGUAUGUGUAAAUCUGCAGAAAAUCAUCCAAAUCAAUCAAUCAUUUUAGAUAUUUAUUUACCUGACUCGAAUAACAAAGUAAAAGCUAACAAUGUAUCAACACCAAAUUCAAAUGAAGAAUCAAACUCUCUUAUUCCAUCUGAUUUACAAACUCAAACAAAGAAUAACAUUAAUGGUACAGAAAUUGACAAUAACAACAACGAUCAAUUUUAUUCUCAGCAUAAUCGUUUUUCAUAUUGUUUACCUUCUACGAAUUGUAUCACUACGACUACUACUACUACUACUACUGCGAAUACUGAUUCCUACAUUACAUCCACUAAUCAUCAUAAUUCAUAUCUUCCUCAAACAAUUACAACUACAGCUGGUUCAGUCAUGUUAUGUGAAGAAUGUUGUAUUGAUGAAAGUAUUUCAUAUAAUGACAAUAAUAAUCAUAAUAACAGUAAUAAUGGUAAUGGAAGUUUAACUCGACGUACACGUAUAUUAACUUUAGCGCCACCAUUGUUAAAUCUUAAAUGGGAAGAUGUAUGCUUUGAUGAAGCAAAUAGACAAUGGGCAAUUGAAGCAUUAAUUAUGCAAUUAAUUAAUAUAUCAAAUAAUUUAAUUAGUGGUAUUAAUGCAUAUCGUACUGGUUUACAAAAAAUGGUCAAUUUACAUACGAAUGAUUUGAAUUCUUUAUUUUAUAAUAUUGUUGAGAUUGCUUCUCAAACAUACAAACUGAAACAAAAUCUACAGAAUAGUUGUCUUCCAUAUGCUGUUUCAAAUCAUACAUCUCCAUCAACAUCACGUACUCUUACAUUCAAACAGGAUAUUUCAAGUAAUAAGAAUAAAUUGAAACCUUCAUUAUCUUCGUCAGAAAGUAUGAAAACAGAUUCACGUAUUAGUUAUAAUAAUAAUAAUAAUAGUAAUAAUAAUAAUAAUAAUAGUAAUAACAAUAAUAAUAAUGGAGGACGUGGUCUACAUAAACGAUUGUCAUUUCUUCAUAAAUUGCGCAAAAGUUUUGUCAGUAGUCAACAACCUUUGUCAAUCAAUCGAGAAAACAGCGAACCAAUUCAUCAUUUUGAUAAUAAUAAUAAUAAUAAUCAUAAUAAUAAUUGGAGAGCAUCACUACAGUCAGAGCAUUGUACAUAUAAUUCUGUUGGCGAGCAGCCUAUGUAUAAACAGAAAUUACAAGGAAAUCAAAUGAAUCAAUUAUCACAUAAUUUAUCAUCGUGUCAGUCGAAUUCUUCCCGUUUAUCAUCAUCACAACCACCUAUACAUGGUCAUUUAGAUAAUCCUGGAACAAUUAUUUUGUCAAUAUUGGACAAUUUGUUAAACCAAUGUAUAGACUAUACAAAUGUUUAUCCGGAUCGUUUAAAAUAUUUUUAUGAAUUAAGAAAACAAUAUCCAGAAUUGAAAAUGUUUCUUAAGAGUCAAUCUAUGGAACCAGGUGUCCCUAUCCUAUCAUUAUUUCUUACAUUACCAUCAGAGAUACCAAGAUGUUUAUUAACUGGUUUAAAGAAUAUUGAAAAAUUUACAAGUGAUCAACAUAAAGAUCGACCAGCUUUGGAAAAGUGUAUAAAAACUUUAUCAGAUGCAUUGACAUGUCAAUCCAAUUCACAUACAUCUAAAGAUGCUGUACCGAAUGUUGAUCAUUUAAUCUUGAAAGAUUUGAGUUCUCUUUCAAAUUCUCAAUCUACUGAAAAUGAUUAUCAAUUAUCAUCACCAUUUACUUCAUCUGCAUCAAAUAUUCGUCAAAUGAAUUAUGCAUCACUUACAUCAACAUUAUCAUCCAUUGAAUAUGCAAAUUCUCCGAUCGAUAAAAAAGAAUCUAAUAUGAGAGAGAAUCCACAAUUAGCAAAAUUAAUGAAAUAUAUUCUACCACCAUUAUUCCCUUAUCCAAAUGAAUUAUUAACAUUCAAUGCAUCUGAAUGGUCAUCUAUUGAUCAUUAUAUUAUUUAUAAAAGUUAUCUCAUUUGUACUUUAUGCUCAAAACAAUAUCCAGAUUUAAUUGUAGAAGACACGUCGUAUCGUGGUCCAGUUUUCGCUUAUUUAUUAAAUGAUGCUAUUCUGCUAGUUGUAUCGGACAAAGAUGUACUUGAUACUUGUAAACCAUCAUGUUUAGCUUAUAAACCAAUAACUUUUGAUUUAAUCAGCUUUCAAGAUUAUGAUAUAUCAGCUUUAUCAUUUUUACUCAUACUUACAAAUGGUACAACAUUGAAAUUUGAUUGUGCAACGUUAGAAAUUAAACUUGUUUGGAAAACACUUAUUCAACAACAAAUCACAAUUAAUCAUAACAAUAUUUGUCCUUGA